UUUCGACGUUAAAGUAACAGUUAAUUUGUAGCGCAAUACACCAACGACACCAAACUACUCUGAUUAAAACAAUAUAGCCGAGAACCUGUUUCGAUUUGCCCCCAACUAACAUGAAGGCAACAUUGUGAGAAAUCCGAGCCGACACGAGUUCCUUGGAGGCAUCAGCGUCAAUAAUGCCGGAAGUGGUUUUGUCCCGACGGGAAGUGGAUUCUUUAUAAAAGUUGUCUUUUGUUCCACCAGUUGAAUGCCUCUGCUGCCUUAUGAUUUAAGUGAAAUCGCAUCGAGUCAUCCUUUUUGUCGCCAAGCUUGCGCCAAUUCAGUCAUGUCACGGUAGAAAACGGCGUGUAAAGAACCAAGGUGAACUUAAAGCGGCAACAUGGCCAUCGCCCACGCGGCCACAGAGUAUGUGUUCAGCGACUUUCUGCUGAAGGAUCCCAACCAGGCUCGAUACCGCAGUGUCCGCACCGAGCUGGCGGUGGACAAAAUGGUGACGUGCGUGGCUGUGGGCCUCCCCCUACUCCUCAUCUCGCUGGCCUUUGCUCAGGAAGUCUCUGUCGGCACUCAGAUCAGCUGCUUUGCUCCCACCAACUUCUCCUGGCGACAGGCGGCGUACGUCGACUCGUACUGCUGGGCCUCCGUGCACACGCACACGCUCCCCCUAUGGCUGCACAAGUUCUUCCCGUACAUCCUGCUGCUGGUGGCGAUGCUGACGUACACGCCGGCCUUGUUCUGGAGAUUUUCUUCAGCGCCGCUCCUGCAGUCGGACCUGGGCUUCAUCAUGGAGGAGUUAGACCGCUGUUACAAUCGCGCCGUCACGCUGGCAAAGCGGAUGACCACCACAGGAGUGCAGGGUGCAGACAGCGACCCCACUGAGGGCUGCUUCAACUACCCGCUGGUGGAGAAGUUCCUGAUGACCAAGCGAUGCUCGCGGGUGCUGCUGCUUCGUUACCUGCUGUGCCGCGGCCUGACGCUAGCCACGCUGCUGUGCGCCUGCCUCUACCUGGCCUACUACCUCCGCCUGGCGUCUCUCACCGACGACUUUGGCUGCACGCUGAGAGUGGGCCUGCUCGCUAACGACUCCACCGUCCCCGACAAGGUGCAGUGUAAGCUCAUCGCUGUGGGAGUCUUCACGCUGCUCAGCCUCGUCAACCUGAUCAUCUUUGCUGCGCUGAUCCCCGUGGUCUUCUACGCCAGCCUCCGCCCACUCCUUUGUCACGGGUACGCACACUUCCUGGAAACCUACCAAUCACUGCCUACAGUGAGCGUCCUGCCCAACCCGAGCGGCCAGUGGGACGACCUGUCUCUGUAUGUGCUCUUCCUGGAGGAGAACAUCAGUGAACUCAAGUCGUACAAGUACAUGAAGGUGCUGGAGUUGCUGAAGAAAGGAGGAGAAUGCUCUGGGGAGGACUUUGAUGCCAUGGGUCUGCUGCAGACGCUCUGUCUGGUCAAGAUGGACUCUGUGGAUUAUAGAAAAGCCCCCGAAGCCACGGCCAAACCCGAUCAGCUUGUCAUAGAUGCAGAAGGGUUGUCCGAGAACAACUCGACGAGCCCCAGCACAGGUGCCGACAGUAAAAUGGCAACUGAAAUGAAAGAGUUCACUCCCCUGCUGCCGGGCAACGGCGACGUGACGGGCAGCAAAACAAACAGCGAGGGCGGGGCUCUGCGGCAGCGAGCCAUGUGAUAGGUUGCUGGUGUCUCAGCGGAAGCGGAGUCCACUGCACGUCCGGGUGCGCAAAUGGUUCUGACGAUGCAGACGAUGAUGGGGAAGUGAGCGAAACGCUUCAGAGCCCUGUGAUGUCAUCCGCUUAUUUGCAUGUUUCUGUACAUUGCGUGUGUGUUUGUGUGUUUGAAGUCAAUGUAGUGUUUACAUUAGGAAAUACCACUGCCCUCCUUCCACUUAGACCACAAAACUGUGGUCAUGUGACUACUUCUACCAUCCACAGCCAUUAAUGAUCACAGUGAUGGUCAUUCAAAGAAAAUUUGAUGUAUUUGCACUCUUUUUGACUUUAUGACAUUGCUAAACACCUUUUAAGGCAACAUUCAAGAAGUAUCUGAUUAUGAUAAUGUCAUUUCUACCCUGGGAACUUACUGGAAGCUUGUUUUCAUUGUAAUGUUGAAAUGAUGCUUCACAAUGAUGGUACGUGCUGGGUGACUCGAUGACGUGAAUGUUUAUUUAAGACUGAAAUGAAACAUGUCCUGAUCAAAUACAACUAAUAGUCGCUUCUUAACAAUGUGUCUACUACCGUUUCUCUUGGCAGCAUGAAUGUAAAGUUUUAUUGACCAUACUGGUGAAGAUGUCACGUGCAAGUUUUGAGGCUCUGGGAAAUUUUUUAAAGUGGUACUUUGUCACAACUUUUCUAGCAAUGAAACAUACUGGUUUUACAUCAGUCCUUUGAAAAAUAAACUUGCUGCUGAGUGCUUUGA